AUGGCGUUAACAGCCAAAAGCUUCGCAUACGACGUGCUCACCAACCAAAGACACACAAGAUGGAUAGCACCGCUCCUAAUUCUUGGCGACGCACUCCUCUGUGCCCUCGUCAUAUGGAAGAUCGCCUACACUGAGAUUGACUGGACAACAUACAUGCAACAGGUCUCACUAUAUCUCUCCGGCGAACGCGAUUACACAUUAAUCAAAGGCUCGACAGGCCCGCUCGUCUACCCCGCCGCCCACUUGUACAUCUACACACUCCUCUUUCACAUCACCGAUGGAGGCCGUGAUAUUCUCCUCGGCCAAGCGCUGUUUGCCGUGCUCUACCUGGCUACCCUGAUUGUUGUCGUUGCCUGCUACAGACAGACUGGAGCGCCUCCGUAUCUCUUCCCGCUGCUGGCUCUUUCGAAACGACUUCAUAGUAUCUUCGUCUUGCGCAUGUUCAAUGAUGGUGUUGCUGCUUUUGCUAUGUGGGUUGCUAUAUACCUGUGUCUGCGACGCAAAUGGACGGCUGGGAUUGCGAUAUGGUCGUUCGGCGUGGCGAUCAAAAUGACGCUUGUGUUGUUUGUGCCGGCCAUUGCGGUUCUUACUCUUCUCAGUUUGGGACUGGCACGGAGUAUCUCGCUCGGAGCCAUGGCAGUCCUUAUCCAGGUCCUGCUCGCAAUCCCCUUCCUCCAAACCAACGCUACAGGCUACCUCUCUCGAGCAUUCGAGCUAUCCCGACAGUUCCUAUUCAAAUGGACAGUCAACUGGCGCUUCGUAGGCGAAGAAACAUUUCUCUCGAGGGAAUUCUCAUUAGGUCUGCUAGUACUGCAUAUAUCCUUGUUGGCUAUCUUCGUCGGAACCUGGCUGAGACCAUCCGGUGUAAACAUGUUCCGCUUCCUCCAAGGUACUCUCCAGGGACGCCAGCAGACAGUUUCCCUGUCAAAAUCAUUCAUCAUGACCGUGAUGUUGAGUUCACUAGCCAUAGGCUUGUUCUGCGCUAGGUCCUUGCAUUAUCAGUUCUUUGCGUACCUCGCAUGGGCCACUCCGUUCCUGCUCUGGCGGGCAGGUCUGCAUCCUGUUCUUAUAUAUGUCGUGUGGGCGUUACAGGAAUGGGCGUGGAACGUUUUCCCAAGCACCAACGCAAGCUCGGCGGUUGUGGUGUUAUCGCUCGCGGUUCAGGUCUUUGGUGUAUAUCUCAAUGGGUUAGGCGAGGCAGAGGGAAAGAGUGACAAAAGCGGCCGCAGUAAGGCGCGAGUCCAAUGA